AAUACCUGUUCUGAAAUGGCUUCUAUGUUUAUCUCUCCAGAGAGGAAUUUUAAAAGCCUCUCCCUCGGUCGCGCGCUCCUCCCCCCACUCCUCCUCCCCCGCCCGGUGGGGGAGGGGGAGGGGGAGGGGUGGCUUGCCGCGCGCUGGCACGCGGCCCCGGAGCCUGGCCGCUGGGGGCCGGAGGUGCCCACCCUGGAGGCCUCCCGUCCGAACUCCUGCCCUCCCCCCGCCCGUGCCCUUGCUCGUGCUCCGGUUGGCAGCAGGUUCCGGAAUGAGGACUACACGGUACACGUGCGGCUGAAUGACUACCUGGACAUCAUCUGUCCACAUUACGAGGAUGAUGCUGUGGCGGAUACUGCCAUGGAGCGGUACACCCUAUACCUGGUGGAGCAUGAGCAGUACCAGCUGUGCCAACCCCAAUCCAAGGACCAAGUCCGCUGGCAAUGCAACCAGCCCAGUGCCAGGCAUGGCCCGGAGAAGCUAUCUGAGAAAUUCCAGCGCUUCACCCCCUUCACCCUGGGCAAGGAGUUCAAAGAGGGACACAGCUACUACUAUAUCUCCAAACCCAUCCACCAUCAGGAAGACCGAUGCUUGAAGUUGAAGGUGACAGUCAGUGGCAAAAUCACUCACAGUCCUCAGGCCCAUGCCAAUCCACAAGAGAAGAGACUUCUGGCAGAUGACCCAGAGAUACAGGUUCUACAUAGCAUCGGUCACAGUGCUGCCCCCCGCCUCUUCCCCCUCGCCUGGGUGGUGCUGCUCCUGCCAUUCCUGCUGCUGCAGACUCCAUGAAGGCAGAGGCCACAUCUAGCCUAUGGAUUGGAAUGGGGCUGAGGAGCCCUGGCAGAGGCAUCCUCACCUGUCCUGGGAAUCAUUCCCACCACAUGCACAAGCUGCCAUUCAGCAGCCUCAAAAU